AUGAGUAAUUAUUAAAAAUCAAACGAAUAAAACUUAUUAGUUUAUGGAACAGAAAGAGAACCAUUUGAAUUCUCAAAUUACGAAUAAUAACCAUAAAAUUUGAACUAAAAGGGUAAUAUUUCUUGUAAUCGAGUAGAAAAAGUAUCAAACGUAUAAUAAGGAAUAGCAAUAUCAAAUAACAACGAUUAUACUAAAAUGCAAGCAUAAGAAUUUUCAUAAGAUAAAUUGAUACACCAAUAAUGCUUUAGUAUCCAAAAAUAAUUCAUCAUCAAAAUUCUCAUAAUCUUUUUCUUUUGGUCUCUUAUUGAAUUUUUCUUAAUAUAUGCUCUACUCUAUGGAAUGAGAGAAUUUAUCGAUCUAAUAGCUCCUUAUUUAUUUCCAAUCUCUUUUAUGUUAAUGUAUGGACUAGCUAAAAUUGGAACUCUCUGGCAAUUCAGACAAGUACAUAUUUUAAGAUUAUUCCUAAGUUCCCGCAAAAUCUAAUCAUCAUAAUAGUCCAAGUCUAUCUAUCAACUUAAACUUAUUUGACAUUUUGCAGAUUAUUUAAUAAUAAUUCAAUAAAUGAUGAUGAUGGGGUGUCAUUUAGUGGUAAUUAAGAAUAUGAAUUUUAGCUGCUGACUUGGUAUUUGUACUGGCAGAAUAUUAAUUUAUCUUCAAUUGUGCAAUUAACCUAAUCUUAAUUGUAUAUUUUGCAUUUGAAAAAGAAGCCUUAAGAAUGUUUGGUAUACACAAUUUAAUGAUUUAGUUCCUAUUGCUGUUUGCUGUAUAUUUGGAUUAAUUCCUGUAAUAUUCAACAUUUGGUUUUUAAUAAAUUCCAUCUUCUCUGUCCUUUAUGGGUCUGUAAUCAUGAUGGUUAUUGGAUAGAUUUUUAAAGGAAAAGUAUUAAAAUCAAUUAUUUUAGUUUCUGAUUUAAGUGGAUAACAUAAUUGCUGCCACGAAUAUCCUCUUUUUUGGUGUCAUCCUGCCUGUUGAAAUGUUUUGA